AGAAAUUUGAAGAGAGACGUUGUUCUCCACCAGGAUGUCUAUGAAAUGGAUUUCAGUUCCUCUGCUGCUACAGCUGGCUUAUUACUUCAGCUCUGGGAGCUGCGGAAAGGUGCUGGUGUGGCCCACAGAAUACAGCCACUGGAUCAACAUAAAGGCAAUGCUGGAUGAACUUGCCCAGAGAGGCCAUGAAGUGGUUGUUCUGGCAUCUUCAGCCUCCAUUCUUGUUGAUCCCAUCAAAUCACCUGCUAUUAAAUUUGAGAUUUUCCCUACAUCUUUAACCAAGGUUGAAUUUGAGGAUUUAUUUGGACAAAUGGUCAGUAGAUGGACAUAUGACCUUCCAAAAGAUACAUUUUGGACAUAUUUUUCACUAAUGCAAGAAAUUGGGUUAAAAUAUAGUGAUUGUAUUGAAAAGCUCUGUAGAGAUGUAGUUUUAAACAGACAAUUUAUGACAAGGCUGCAAGAAUCAAGGUUUGAUGUCGUUCUUGCGGAUGCCAUUGGACCCUGCGCUGAGCUGCUGGCUCAGCUACUCAACAUACCUUUAGUGUACACCCUCCGCUUCUCUCCUGGCUAUGAAUUUGAAAAGUACGGUGGAGGACUUUCUUUACCUGCAUCCUAUGUACCUAUUAUUUUGUCAGAAUUAAGUGAUAAAAUGACUUUCAAAGAGAGGGUGAAAAAUAUGAUAUAUGUGCUUUAUUUUGACUUUUGGUUCCAAGUAUUUAAUGAGAAGAGGUGGAAUCACUUUUACAGCGAA